CCUCGCAGCAAGUAGCACCUAGCUUUCCUGGCUAAACGUGUAAACCUGACUAAUUGGCACUUUUAAACUCACCUUCUGAGCGCUUUGUCGACUGCUUUGCUCGUUAGAAUGAAGACGAAGAACGAGAAUAUCUCCUGAGUCAACACAUUGACGUGUCAAGAUUUAUUCAUCAUUUUAAGUUUCUAUUUCUCUCCACAGCUGCUGCAGGAAAUACAACUGGCGAGCUGCUUGGAGGUCCAGCGGCAUCCUUCAGACCCGGAGGCGGGAUGGACCCUCUGGGCGCUCGCUCCCAGUUCGUGGACGUCCAGACUCUCCCCACGUGGCAGCAGCAGCUGGGCGAGGACGGUGGCGAGGAGACGCCGCGGGACCAGAGCGACGGCUUCCUCAUCCAGGAGGUCUUCUCCUCGCCCUUCCCCUUCAGACCAGACAUCAACCGCAAGAUCAUCCUCUUCUGUGGCGACAUCGCUCUGCUGAACUGCACCGCCAUCGUGAACACCAGCAACGAGUCGCUCAGCGACAAGAACCCGGUGUCCGACAGCGUCCACCGGCUGGCCGGACCCGAGCUGAGGGACGAGCUGCUCAAACUCAAAGGAUGUCGGACCGGAGAGACGAAGCUGACCAAAGGCUUCAGCCUGGCAGCGAGGUUCAUCGUCCACACGGUGGGACCCAAGUACAAAGCCAAGUACCGGACGGCGGCGGAGAGCUCGCUGUACAGCUGCUACAGGAACACCAUGCAGCUGGCCGCAGAGCAGUCGAUGGCGUCUGUUGGCUUCUGUGUGGUGACCACGACCAAGAGAGGAUACCCACUGGAGGACGCUGCACACAUCGCUUUCAGAACAGUGCGCAGGUUCCUGGAGAAUCAUGGAAACAGCCUGGAGGCCGUGGUGUUCGCUGUGUCUGACACAGAGGAGCCGGUGUAUAAGAAGCUGCUGCCUCUGUACUACCCUCGCUCUGAGGAAGAGGAGAAGGCCAGCCUGCCUCUCAUCCCGGCCGACAUCGGCAACUCUGAGGGGGAACCCAUCGUCCCAGAGAGACAGAUCCGCAUCGCCGAGAAACCAGGCACCGUGGAAGAUGAUUCUGAAGAGGAGAGUCUGAAGUCGGAUCUGGGUCAGGUGGGGAACCACGCUUUCGCCCGGAUGGAGGGUGACGUGGACAAACAGCGGAAACAGAUCCUGCAGGGCCAGAUGUCAGAGGCGGCCAUCUUGAAACAACACCAGAGGAAUUACGGUCGCUGGCUGUGUCGGGCGAGAGCAGAGGAUCUGUCAGACAUCGCUGCGCUGAAAGCUUUAUAUCAAACCGGUAUGGACAUGUGUGGCAGGACAGUGAUGAUUUUGGUUGGACGAAACAUCCCAGUGACCCUCAUUGACAUCGAAAAGGCGCUGCUGUACUUCAUCCACGUCAUGGACCACAUCACAGUGAAGGAAUACGUGAUGGUUUACUUCCACACGCUGACCGGCGAGCACAACCACCUGGACUCCGACUUCCUCAAGAACCUCUACGACAUCGUGGACGCCAAGUUUAAGAAUAAUUUAAAGGCCUUCUACUUCGUGCAUCCAACAUUCCGCUCUAAGGUCUCAACGUGGUUCUUCACCACCUUCAGUGUGUCGGGGGUGAAGGACAAGGUUCGCUACCUGGACAACCUGCAGCAGCUCUUCACCUGCAUCAAACCCGAUCAGAUCGACAUCCCUCCGUUUGUCCUGGAGUACGACGCACGGGUGAAUGGACCGUACCAUCGCUCCCAGUCCUCCAGUCUGUGACAGGAGGCCGAUCGGAGCUCCCCGUCGGGAUGACGAGGUGCCGUCAGCCUGGCGGGUGGAAGUAAUCUCUGGACCUCGUGCGGCUCUGACCUCCUCUUAAAAGGCUCUGAACCGUCUCUGUCCCCGGCCAGAAGGACAAAGCAUAUAACAGCCCACAUUUAGCAGCAUGUGGUCUGCUGAGCGGUCGCUCCCUCUCUCGCCACAGACUAUUUGUGGAUCUGGUGGUGGUUUCUGGAUUAUGCCUUACACCCAGGUUUCUUAUUCAGCAGUUUCCUCAAGCAUCCCUAAAUAUGAAGCUUCAUGUCGAGCGUGACGUCCUCGCCCACGCCCAGUAUUGUCAGACUUUUUUAAAAAACUAAAAGUGUUGGAGUAAGAUGACGUCGUUCUGUCUGGAUGUCCACAGCGUCUCAUUCUUUACGGCAGAACGCUGGAAAUGACCACCUCGGUACGUCUGUGUUCUCCUGCGGUCGCAAUCGGUUAAAAACGCCGGUUAGCUAAGCUCGGUAUCGUGCAACAUUAACAUUUACAUCACAAAGUUGUGUUUAUCCAUUUAGCUACUUAAAGGAAUGUUUUUUAAAUAAACGUAUUUGCUUUCUCUCCUCGAGUUCGAUGAGAACAAUCGAUCCCACUCUCGUAUUAGUACGAAGCCACAUCCAGAAGACUGUUAGCUUAGCUUAGCAUAAAGACUGGAAGCAGGGAAAAAAAGCACACCUUUUCUUUAAUGUUAGUUUAUGAGCUUUAAAGGUGCUUAAAAGUGUAUUUUCUUGCAUUUGAACCAAGCCCGGUAGCUUAAUGUUCAAGCCACAGAUAUGAGAGGAAUCUCUCUUCUCAUCGAACUCUUGGCAGGAGAGCAAAUCAACACAUUUCACAAAAUGUCAACGGGUUCGCUUUAAAUCCACACGCAUUGUUUGGGGAAAAGGUUCAAGGAUUGUGGAAGUUCUGCUGCUCUGUUGCAUUUCCUUUCGUAGGUUUGUAAUUUGUAAUUUUUUUCACUUUACGGUUCGUGUGGAAGAUUUCUGUCACUAAUGUUAAAAGUUAGCACUAAAAACACUUCACGGAUCAGUCAAUCAACAGAAAGUGUGUGUGUGUGUGUGUGUGUGUGUGUGCGCGCGCGUGUGUGCGC